AAAUUAUGUUUCUUUUCUUGCCUGUGGUUUCCUGAUCAGGCCGACCGCCACCGAGCGCUCCCACACGACGGAAGCGAAGACAGGGAACACUCGAUGGUGGCGGUGGCGCUGCUGGUGGCCGUGGUUGCAUCCUCGUCCGCCUACCCGUUGAUCGCUUGGAUUUAAUGGCCGAGAGGCCCCUUCGUCUCAUCCUCCGCCGCUUCGUUCACAACCGCGUUCUACCUCUCGCCCCUUCGGUUUCUCGUCAUUCGGCCCCUCCUCGUGAGGUCUGCUGCGCGGCCCCACUCGCUCCUACUGACCGGCCCUAUCGUCGACUUUUCCUUGAGGAAAACCUGGCGCAGAAGAUCGGAAAGUCUGUCCGUCGGCCUGGCGCUGCCUCGAAGGCCAGGGUUUACGCGGACGUUAAUGUCAUCCGCCCCAAAGAAUACUGGGACUACGAAAAUCUCACUGUCCAGUGGGGGGAUCAGGAUGAGUAUGAGGUGGUUCGGAAGGUAGGAAGAGGAAAGUAUAGUGAGGUUUUUGAAGGCGUUCAUUGUACGAACAACGAAAGAUGCAUAAUUAAGAUACUUAAGCCUGUCAAAAAGAAGAAGAUAAAGAGGGAAAUAAAGAUUCUACAGAACCUUUGUGGUGGGCCAAACAUUGUGAAGUUGUUAGAUAUAGUUAGGGAUCAGCAGUCAAAGACCCCCAGUCUGAUAUUUGAAUAUGUCAACAAUACUGACUUCAAAGUGCUUUAUCCAACAUUAUCUGAUUAUGAUACCCGAUAUUAUAUUUAUGAGCUGCUGAAGGCAUUGGACUACUGUCAUUCACAAGGUAUCAUGCACCGAGAUGUGAAACCGCAUAAUGUCAUGAUCGAUCAUGAGCAGCGGAAGCUUCGUCUGAUUGAUUGGGGGCUUGCUGAGUUUUAUCAUCCAGGGAAAGAAUACAAUGUUCGGGUUGCUUCAAGAUACUUCAAAGGUCCAGAACUCCUUGUUGAUUUGCAAGAUUAUGAUUAUUCCUUGGACUUGUGGAGUCUUGGAUGUAUGUUUGCUGGGAUGAUAUUCCGCAAGGAACCUUUCUUCUAUGGGCAUGAUAAUUAUGAUCAGCUGGUCAAAAUAGCCAAGGUGCUUGGAACUGAUGACUUAAAUGCUUACCUCAGCAAGUACCGUUUGGAACUUGAUCCCCACCUGGAGGUUCUUGUCGGAAGGCAUACUAGGAAGCCAUGGACAAAAUUCAUUAAUCAGGAUAAUCAACAUUUGGCUGUUCCUGAGGCUAUCGAUUUCCUGGACAAGUUGCUUCGAUAUGAUCACCAGGAGCGGGUAACAGCAAGACAAGCUAUGGCUCAUCCUUAUUUUUAUCCAGUCAGAAAUGCAGAAGCCAGCGGGAUCCACCCUCAGUAAACAGACAAAUGUUAUUUUUAUCCAGUCAGAAAUGCAGAAGCCAGCAGGACCAACACUCAGUGAACAGACAAAUGUAAGAAAUGCAGAGCUGGCCCCUCCCUUUCCUUUAUGUAUGUUUUCCCUCGAAGGGGUUUUGUUCAUUAGUUGGUUUUCUUGUCCCUUUUUCAAUGUUCUCAGAUUUUCCUUUUAUUAAGAUUGUCCUAUCUUGGCAUGUGAUCGAACAUCACAAUUGAUCAGUUGAACCGGUGAGUAAAGAUGCAUCAAGGACUGUCACGGCGUCGAACAAAAGAUGAGGUUCUCAGUGUCAGUUAUGUGAAAAAAUAGCUAAUUUGAUGGUAACAUGAUAAAUACCUUUUCUUUUCUUCUCUUUUGUAGCAAAAAGCCUUUGAUGUCGUAUUCUCUUGUCUAUUAUUGAAUCCUACACACACUUUGGUCUGAUAGCAAGGGUUACCUCAGGAUUGAAUUGA